CACGUGUUCCGCUAAUAUCAGCUCAUUCAUCAGCUGAUUCCAAACAAAGCAACACAUUUCGAGUUUAGUUUUUUAAACUGUUUAUAUUCCAGUGACAGUUACGGAUUUUCUUCCUGGAUACUGUGGACAUGCUGUAUUCGACCUGGCAUCAUGGACAAGAUUUUGGAGGGUCUCGUCAGCUCUGAUCACCCAGUAUCACUGAAAAAAGUCUUUGUGAAGAAAGUCGUGGAGGCAGCAGACAAAGAAGUGUCAACAGAGCAAUGUCAGGCACUGUUUACUCUCACCACACGCCUCAUCCUUCUGGGUGAAGAUGUCUUCCACAAACAAGUGGGCUUUCAGGUUCUGGAAGCUUACGCACGCUACCACCGCCUUGAAUUUGAGCAUUUCUUCAGUAAAGAUUUUGCCCUCAGCCUGCUCCAGCAGGGCUAUGACCAACUGGACCGCAAAGAGCCAGCUGUGAUAGAUUACAUUCACUUCUGCUUAAGGUUACUUAUCAGCUGCCCCUCGGUGCUAGAGAUCUUCAGUGUGAUCCAGGUGGAAAUUUUAAGGCUGGUGUGUGAACGCCCGGAGCCUGCACUUUGCGCCCGCCUGAGCACCCUGCUGUCAGACUUUGUCAAUGCUCCCAAGAGACAGACAUGUGUUUUGUUCUGCCAGCAGCUGGUGAGGACCAUCAGUUCCUUCCACUGCUUGUCCAGUCAAGAGCAGGAGUUGAGAGAAUAUGUAGGUCAGGUGCAAAAGGUCAGUGCGUUGCUGCAGAGUAUCUGGAAGGCUAAUCCAGCCACGCUGCUGCCUUCACUGCAGGAAGUCUUUGCCAUCAUCUCUUCCCAGGUGAGAUGCUUUUGUUUACCAUCCUGUGACCCAUCCAUUGCCCUCGCCAGUCUAGCAUACAUUCCCGUCAAGAUGAUCACAGUCCUUAUUAAGAGCCUCACCACAGACCAGAGUAAAGAUGCCAACAUGACGAAAGCACUCUGCAGGAUGAUUGACUGGCUUAGUUGGCCUCUAGCCCAACAUGUGUCUACAUGGGUCAUUGCUCUGCUUAAAGGAAUCGCUGCAGUUCAGAAGUUCACCAUCCUCAUAGAUGUCACUCUCCUCAAAAUUGAGCUGGUGUUUAAUCGUCUGUGGUACCCCAUCAUGCGACAGGGAGCUCUAGCGGUGCUCUCCCAUAUGCUGCUGAGUUUUCAGCACUCUCCUGAGGCCUUUCAUUUGGUUGUUCCACAUGUGGUGUCUCUGGUCAAAUCUUUGAGGACGUGUGGCCUCCCAUCCAGUCAGGCUUUCUUGCUGCAGUUCACAGAGCUCAUGCACUGCAUGAUGUACCAUUACUCUGGCUUCCCUGACCUCUGACACAUAUUAGAGGCCAUCAAGGAUCUCCCACGACCAGCAGAGGAGAAGAUAAAGUUGGUGCUGAAUCAAAGUGCCUGGACAUCUCAGUCCAACACUUUUGCUUCUGGUAUUUUAAGGCAAACUGGAAAAUCUGACGGCAAAACAGGCCUGGUCAACCUGGGGAACACCUGCUACAUGAACAGCAUCAUCCAGACCCUCUUCAUGGCAACAGAUUUCAGGAGGCGUGUUUUAUCGUUACGUCUUAACAGUUCCAACAACCUCAUGAAAAGGCUCCAGCUGCUGUUUGCUUUUCUCGCACACCUGCAGAGGGCAGCAUACACUCCUAAAAACUUCUUUGAGGCAUCCCGCUCCUGGUUCAAAGUAGGCUCUCAGCAGGACUGUUCUGAGUAUCUUCGCUUUCUGCUAGACAGGUAUAGAUGAGAGGAGAAAACACUUCAGGUCCUUGAAUCAGCUAAGCCAAGUGCCGCCGCUCCUAACACAAGCAGCAAAGACGCAACUGAUCAGAAGCGGGACCAAGACGCCAUCAACUCUGAGAAACUAAAUUUGGAAACGAUGGGCAGGACUCUGAUCGAAUGGAUGUUUGGUGGGAAGCUAAUCAAUAGUACUUGUUGCAUGCAGUGCGGCAGUAUUUCUGAAAAGAGGAGCUUUUACAGACCUUCUUUGGCCUUCUGUCCCCACGCUGCCCCUCAGAACAGUCCUCAGACAGAGGGGCCUUCAGAAGAAUGUAAGCAGAUGGGGUCUAUCAUUGGUGGAAGUGAAAUUCCUGAGUCCAAAUUGGACAAAGCUGCGCUUAACAAUGCACAUGUUGUUAUAGUGAAAAAUGAUCCACCUUUCUCCGUGCCUGACCUGGACUAUUUUCUUGCUCCGGAGAUCCUGGAUGAAGAGAAUGCCUUCUGUGAGAAGUGUAGCUCCCUCCAACGGGCAGAGAGGUCUAUGAAGGUGGUGGCAGCACCAGAAUACCUGAUCCUGACCUUGCUGCGAUUCUCCUAUGAUGCUAAAUGUCACGUCCGCAGGAAGAUCCUGGAUAAUGUCACGAUUCCACCACUUAUGAGGCUUCCUGUCCACAUGCCUCCGUCACACAAAAAAUGUUCCUCAUGCACCUCCUCUCCUCUGCAUGUAGAUUCUGCUGAGAGCAGUGAGAACCUAGCUAAAAAGCUUAAACCAUCUCUGGACGAGGAAGAAAAGGAGGGACUCAAUAGAGCAGACCACAUAAACACAAAAGAAAAAAAUGACAGUGGAGUCGGUACCCCUAUAUCCUUAGCUCAGUCCGUGAUGCAUUCUGGGUUGUCAUCAGAAAGCGGUCACUACUACUGUUACAGUCAUAACAUCAGUCAAGAGGAUGGAGCACAGCAUCAGGUGGACUACUUUUCCCUGAAGGAGGAAGAGUCUCUACCAAGUAGUAGCAAUGAGGCCAAGGAUUGGCUUCUUUUUAAUGACAGCAGAGUGACAUUCACAUCCUAAUCAGUGCAAGACAUUACUAAUCGCUUCCCCAAAGACACCGCUUAUGUGGUAAUGUACCGGAAAUGGGACAUAACAGGACAAAGCAUAAAUGAUGGACUGUUUGGGAAAUAAUUGAAAUUGAAUUCUGAGCCUGCUUUACAGAAAGAACUUUUGGACGCUAUUGUCAAGGACAACAAACUGUAUUUACAGGAACAGGAGCUCAACGCGCGGACCCAAGCUCUGCAGGCCCCUUCAUCGUCCUGCUCAUUCAGGCCCAAUGGGUCAGAUGACAAUAACCCACCAGGGAGCUGUGGCCCAUCUGGGGGAGGAGGGGGUGGAGGAAGCUUCAACACCAUCAGUCGACUUGUCUUCUGAAAGAACACAACUAGUUCUACAGGAAACUCAGACCAACGGGUUCUAGGGCAGUGCUUUCCAACUUUUUGUUGUUUGUAAUUUUACAAUGCUUAUUUUAGUCAAUUUCUCAUGUAUUUCCAAAAGUCUACGCUCCCCUUGUUGGAAAAUACUGUACUGGGGGUGGGGGUGCUGUCGUAUUACUGAUGUGCAUAUAUCCUCAUAGGAAGCACUGAACUUUUCAUCUGAGGUUGCACACAAGUGUCUGUUUUGAACCUACCUUAGUUUGAGCUUUUAAGACAUUUCCUGAAGUUGUUCUCAGGACAUAUUUGUAACCAUUAAUUAAUCAAAUUUAUAACAUUGAGCAAUUGAUUGCGUUCAGUCACUAAAAUGGGGAAAAAAGGUUUCAUAUAAUAGACUUUUGAUUUGGCAAAGUUGUGAAACCACUGCUCACAACUAUGUUCAACCCCCCCCUGCUGAAUGUUUUGAUUUUCAUGCGUCUUUUCUUAAUAAGCUGUGGACUUUGUCAGAACAUUUGAACUUUUCUGAUGUGCUUUGGUGUUUUUUAAUGAGUUUCAUAAUACAUGCAAUAACUGAAAAUAUUCAGAAUCAUUAAAGCAACACUGGAAAAUUA